AUGUCCUCAGUUUCCAAUGCGUCUGAAAAGCGAAAUCCUUUGUCAACAUCAUUUCAUUCUCAUUACCAAAAGAAUGUCAGUUUCUGUCGAGAAAAUGUCUUUCCUACACGUAUAAAUCCACACCAAAAAUUAUUUAACAUUCCAAACGGGGUCAAAUUUGCAUUCAAUAAAGAGGCUAAGUCCGCUAGCAAACCGACGCUUUCUUUGUCAAGUACUUGUAAAGAAAACAUGAAGUCUACAAGUCCUGAAAUGCCGACCACGGGGUUGCGUGUAUUCUCAGUCCCCGUUCGACGUGUUCGUGGUCUUACAGCAGCAUUAAACAAGCUGGACUCGUGCCCAUUCAUCUUUGAGACGGUUGGGCGAAUUGUUGAAUGUAAGAAGACGUCUUCUGCCUGUUGUGUCCUUACAUUUCGCCUUGAGGAGCGGAGUGAGCGACCGCGUGGGGUGCAGCUGAAAUGCCAAUUUGAAGAUGUGGAUGAAAUCUGUCCAGAGAUCUUCAACGGGCGAAUAUAUAGGUAA